GCACUCAGUCGCGGACAAACGCUCUCAUGGCUUCUGUGUAAUAUAUACCCGUCACUGAGAGAGAGAGGGGAGAGAAACAUAAUAAAAAAUACGCAAUUGACAUUCGCUGGGAUAAUAGGAGGCAGUUUCCUAGACAUUGGAAAAUAGUCUUCCGAAACAAACAUAAGUUGUUCUUCACCCGUGCAUGUUAAAUCGGGGGAAACAUUAGAGCCGUAAGUCGGCUAGAACUUCUGCGUUUCAAAGCAACACCAGCAAGAAGGCAUGAUUGUGCGACGGACUUCAGUAUUUUCUGCUUUUUACCUUCAUGCCUUUUUGUUAUGUUUGCCGACGAAGGUGUCUGAAGCAUCGGGGCACUUCGAGCUGGAAAUCUUAUCGAUGAACAAUGCGAACGGAGAACUGCACAACGGCUCGUGCUGCGACGGCGUCAGGAACACGGAUCGCAAAUGCACGCGGGACGAAUGUGAUACAUAUUUUAAAGUUUGUCUGAAGGAAUAUCAAUCGCGCGUUUCCGCGGCUGGGCCUUGCAGUUUCGGAACUGGAUCUACGCCCGUUCUCGGUGGGAAUACAUUUUCGACCAAGGGUACGCGGAGUGAAAAGACACGGAUUGUUUUGCCCUUCAGUUUCGCGUGGCCGAGGUCCUACACGCUGAUAGUGGGGGCCUUGGACUUCAAUAAUGAUACCGCCAGUGAAAGUUCUGUUGUAAAGCUCAUCGAGAAGGCGUACCACUCAGGCAUGAUCAACCCAAAUCGACAGUGGCAGAGGCUGACCCACAACGGCCCCGUCGCCCAGUUUGACUACCAGAUCAGGGUCACCUGCGAUGAACACUACUACGGCUUCGGCUGCAACAAGUUCUGUCGGCCACGUGACGAGUUCUUCGGACACCACACCUGCGAUUCGAACGGAAACAAGACAUGCUUGGAAGGUUGGACGGGUCCUGAGUGCAAUACAGCUAUCUGCGGACAAGGUUGCAGCACAGAACACGGAUUCUGUAAGAAACCAGGAGCCUGCAAGUGUCUAUACGGCUGGCAAGGUCCCUACUGUGAUGAGUGCACCCCUCAUCCCGGCUGUGUCCACGGGACAUGUGUGGAGCCCUGGCAGUGCCUUUGUGACACAAAUUGGGGUGGACAUCUUUGCGACAAAGAUCUGAACUACUGUGGUACUCUCCAGCCGUGUCGGAAUGGAGGAACUUGCAGCAAUACAGGACCGGAUAAGUACCAUUGCACUUGUGCUGAUGGAUACUCGGGGGUCAACUGUGAACGAGCAGAACACGCAUGUCUUUCCAACCCAUGUGCCAAUGGAGGGAUGUGCAAGGAGACCAGUCAGGGUUACGAGUGUGUCUGUGCAGUCGGCUGGACCGGCCCGUCCUGUGACUUCAAUGUGGAUGACUGUUCAUCCAACCCAUGCAAACACGGGGGCAGCUGUCAAGAUUUGGUCAACGGCUUCAAAUGCACCUGUCCUCCCCAUUGGACUGGUAAAAUAUGUCUGAUCGAUGCCAAUGAAUGCGAAGACAAGCCUUGCGUGAAUGCCAGAUCGUGUCACAAUCUGAUUGGUGCAUAUUUCUGUGAGUGUCUACCAGGCUGGACGGGACAGAAUUGUGAUAGGAACGUUAAUGACUGCAAGGGUCAGUGUCUGAAUGGAGGAACAUGUGAGGACUUGGUGAAUGGCUACCGCUGUCUUUGUCCACCUGGUUAUUCAGGUGAGCACUGUGCGAUGGACGUGGAUGAGUGCGCAAGCAGCCCGUGCUUAAACGGCGGUCGGUGUCAGGAUGAAGUCAACGGAUUUCAGUGCCUUUGUCCCGCUGGCUUUUCGGGUCAGCUGUGUCAGCUGAAUGUGGACUACUGCCAGCCCAACCCGUGUCAGAACGGCGCGCAGUGUUUCAACCUGGCCUCGGACUACUUGUGCAAAUGUACGGAAGACUACGAGGGCAAAAACUGCUCUCACCUGAAGGACCACUGUCGAACCACAUCAUGCAAAGUGAUUGACAGCUGCACUGUCGAAGUGGCAUCUAACAGUACGCCCGACAGGGUGCGGAAUAUCUCCUCGAACGUGUGCGGCCCUCAUGGGCGCUGCAGGAGCCAGCCGGGCGGCCAGUUUACCUGUGAAUGUCAGGGAGGAUUCAGAGGAACCUACUGCCACGAGAAUAUAAACGAUUGCGAAAGCAACCCGUGCAAGAACAGCGGGACUUGCAUCGACAAAGUGAAUGUCUACCAGUGCAUCUGCGCAGACGGCUGGGAGGGAGAUCAUUGCGAGCUCAAUAUUGACGACUGCAGUCUAAACCCCUGCCUGAACAAGGGGACAUGUCAAGACCUGGUGAACGAUUUCUACUGCGAAUGCAGAAACGGCUGGAAGGGAAAAACUUGCCACUCCCGCGAUAGCCAAUGCGACGAAGCCACUUGCAACAACGGAGGUACGUGCCAUGAUGAAGGGGACACCUUCAAAUGCAGGUGCUCACCUGGUUGGGAAGGAGCCACCUGUAACAUAGCCAAGAACAGCAGCUGUCUGCCCAACCCAUGUGAGAACGGGGGCACCUGUGUAUCGAAGGGUGACUCUUUCACCUGUGUCUGCAAGGAAGGCUGGGAGGGAUCCACCUGCACAGAAAAUACCAACGACUGCAACCCACACCCAUGCUACAACAGCGGGACGUGCAUGGAUGGCGAUAACUGGUACCGUUGCGAGUGCGCCCCGGGUUUCGCCGGUCCAGACUGCCGCAUAAAUAUUAAUGAGUGCCAGUCUUCUCCCUGUGCAUUGGGCUCCACCUGCGAAGAUGAAAUCAAUGGGUAUCGCUGUGUUUGUCCUCCUGGAAGAACAGGACCAGAGUGUCAAGAAGUUAUUGGCAGACCCUGUUUUGUUAAUGGACAAGUGACUGCUGAUGGCACCAAAUGGGAAGAAGACUGCAAUAUAUGCCAAUGUCAAAAUGGAAGGAUUCAUUGCACCAUGAUGUGGUGUGGACCAAAGUCAUGUAGGCCAGGAAAUGGCAGAAGUGCAUGUCCCGUUGACCAAUACUGUGCUCCCAUCAAGGAGGAACACUGCUUUGUCAAACCCUGCCUUAGCCUCGGAGAAUGCUGGCCCCCAGCACCUCAACCACCCCCCAAAUGCCAUGCCAGCUUCUCUAACCAGGACAACAGCUGUGCCAACAUCACAUUCACCUUUAACAAGGCGAACAUGCCUCAAGGCUUGAGUGUAGAACAGGUAUGCAAUGAGCUGAGACAUUGGUAUCUACUGAAGAAUCUCACAACAGGGAAAGCCGUCUCCAUCACCUGCUACUCAUCGUCUACAGCCAGCAAUGAGAUUGACGUCAGCAUUUCCACAGAAGAACCCAGGAGUUCUAUUAAAGACAUCACGGUCCAGAUCAUUGAUUUGGUGAGCAAGCGCAAUGGAAACAGCACCAUCAUUAAAGCCAUCAUCGAUGUUCAUCCGAUGACAAGCCCCAAAACUGACUACCUGGUUCCUCUGCUCAGCUCCAUCUUCAUAGUGCUCUGGAUCCUCGCCCUGGCCUCGGCGUUCCUGUGGUGUGUGCAUCGCAGACGGAAACGGAACAGCAACGCAGCUAUCUCAGCCGCGGAGGACAAUACCACCAAUAACGUGCGCGAGCAGCUCAACCAAAUCAAAAAUCCAAUCGAGAAACACGCGGCCCACAGCGUGGCCAUAAAAGAUUACGAGGGAAAGAACUCCAUCAUUGCCAAAAUUAGGACGCAUAAUUCUGAGGUGGAGGAAGAGGACAUGGAGAAACACCUGCAGAAAGCACGCUUCACCAAACAGCCAGCCUACACGCUGGUGGAGAAGGAGGAGCGCACGGCAAACAAAAACCCAAAUUGGACUAACAAACAGGACAACAGAGACUUGGAGACGGCACAGAGCUUAAACAGGACGGAGUAUAUCGUAUAGCAGGCAGCUGUGUUGCCUUGCGACCAAACCCCUGUCCCUAUCCCUCACGUAUGAACUGGAGACCGCUGCGUCGCGUUCUGGACUACAGGGCCGAUAUCGGCCUAGAAUCCUGUGUUAAUUUAAGUUUCGACAAGCUGGCUUAACACUGGCAAUUGAUAGUUGCUGUGGAUGGCUGGAAACCGGGAAUGGCGCAUCCGGGCGUUUUCCUUUGAAAAAGAAAAAACGUAAACAUACAUUUCAAAUAUGUCGAUAUUUUUGUGGAUACGUUUGAGUAUCUGAGUGUGCAUAGUGUUUGCAAAUAGUUGUAAGUGUUAUUUUUGUUUAUCAUGACAAUGCUCCCACAGCUAAAGUAGUCGUUUCUUUCUUAUCCAGCGGCUGUGCGAAAACUUUCUCUAGUCGGGUUCAUUUCUAGUUCAGAGCUUAAAGUGCCUUCGCAGCUACGUGCCACAGCAGUUGUCGGAAACGAAUAAAAAGAACAAAAAAAAUAUUUAUUUUUCUUUUCUUGGGGCGGGAUAGGUCGGUCAGCAUUUGCUGCCAAUAUGAAGAAUUGUCAAUUUAGAAGUGUAGAUAUGUAUAUAUUUUUUAAUUAAUCACUGUGUAUAUUUGAUUUAUUAACUUAAUAAUCAAGAAAAUUAAAAUAUCAUUCCUUUUUAUUUAUAUGUCAUGUCUAGUUUUGAAGGUUUUGAUAGCUUUGUAAGUCGAAAGCUUUGUUCAGACGAAUUCGUUUCACAUUUCAGAUACCAAAAUUUAAAGAGGAAAAUAAGUUUAAAAUAAGACAGGCAUUUUUGCGCCUAUUUCUGUUUUUCCUUUUUAUACGUUGUCAGAUAUUUCAAUAUUUGAAACUUCUAUUGUACGUAUUUUGCCAACGUUUACUUGCAUGCCGAUGCAAGUCACAAUUAAUGGCUGCUUUUUGUUCGGAUACUUGGUGGCAGACACAUUGCUUGCCACAUAUAACAAAAAUAAAAAUAAUUAAAAAAAUGAAAAGGGAACAAGAGUCUUUUAAGUUGCUUGUUGAUAAAGCGCUCUCAGAUGAGUUAAACAGACCUUUCUCUUUAGUUUUGGUUUGCAGUAUGUCGUAAGCUAGGCUGUGAAUACUUGAACAGUAGGGGGGCCAAUGGAAACACUGUAGACUGCCUUGCUUUCAGGAGUCCAUUUCUAUUGCUGUGCACGUGUAGUUUUCUUUUCCCAAAUAUUUUAUAUCUAGGCUCUCUAAAAAACAACAACAAACCGACAUGCUUAUACAUUUUAUGAGAUCAUGGCAAUAUUCAAUGUUCAUUUUUGACUUUUUUAGUUUGUUCCUGGCGAUAUUUUUUGAAUGUUAUAUUUAUUAAACCUUUUGUAUAAAAAGAAAAUUAAAUCUUUUUGUUUGCUUUG